AUUCCCCUGUCAUUUGCAUUUCAUUUAAUUCCCAUUUCCCUCUCUCUCUCUCUCUCUCCCCUUCGUCCAUGCAAAUCGAUCCUCCCGAGCUUCUGCGAUUCCGAAGCCGCGAGCGGGGAAGAGACGACAGUUGAAUCGAGUGAUGACCCAGAGACCCAGACGAGCCGGCUUGGAACCCUGACCCGGCCGCUGUUCCACGGAUCGUUCGCAAUCGUCUGUUACUGUUAGCCGGGAACGUGCCGAUUCGACCUGCUCCGCCGGCGCUACUUAUAAGCCAUGCCGUCCCACGCGGAUCUGGACCGGCAGAUCGAGCAGCUGAUGGAGUGCAAGCCGCUCGCGGAGGCGGAGGUGAAGACGCUGUGCGAUCAGGCGAGGGCGGUUCUGGUCGAGGAGUGGAACGUGCAGCCUGUCAAAUGCCCCGUCACCGUCUGCGGCGACAUCCACGGGCAGUUCUACGAUCUGGUCGAGCUCUUUAGGAUAGGUGGCAAAGCGCCCGACACCAAUUACCUAUUCAUGGGAGAUUACGUAGAUCGUGGUUACUACUCAGUGGAGACUGUCUCACUUCUAGUGGCUUUGAAAGUUCGUUAUAGAGAUAGAAUUACAAUUCUCAGAGGAAAUCAUGAAACCCGGCAAAUUACUCAAGUGUAUGGAUUUUAUGAUGAAUGUUUGAGAAAAUAUGGGAAUGCUAAUGUCUGGAAGCAUUUCACCGACUUAUUCGAUUAUCUUCCUCUCACUGCCCUCAUCGAGAGUCAGAUCUUUUGUUUGCAUGGAGGUUUAUCGCCGUCUUUGGAUACAUUAGACAAUAUCCGGGCAUUAGAUCGCAUCCAGGAGGUUCCACAUGAAGGACCAAUGUGUGAUCUGCUGUGGUCUGACCCAGACGAUCGUUGUGGGUGGGGCAUAUCUCCACGCGGUGCAGGUUAUACAUUUGGUCAGGAUAUUGCAUCCGCGUUCAAUCACACCAAUGGUCUCUCUCUCAUUUCAAGAGCCCAUCAGCUCGUCAUGGAAGGAUAUAAUUGGUGUCAGGAAAAAAAUGUUGUGACUGUAUUUAGCGCUCCAAAUUACUGUUACCGAUGUGGGAAUAUGGCGGCAAUACUGGAGAUUGGGGAGAACAUGGAGCAGAACUUCCUCCAAUUUGAUCCAGCCCCACGCCAAAUUGAGCCCGAUUCCACACGCAAGACUCCUGAUUAUUUUUUGUGAUUUCGGUACAUCUCCCGGCUGUUUGUAAUUCCUGUUUGCUGCCGUAUUGGUGUAGAUUUGUUUUGGUGAGUUUUCCUAUUUCGAAUCCGAGGGUGAUCAGUUCAGCGACAUCAUUCUUUUGUUUAAAGCUUGUGCUGCUUCUGCUUCUGCUGCUGCUUUUGUUCAUGUGCUCGAGAAACUCGAUAGGAGAGAGUGACAGAGAGGGCACAUGUGCCUGUUGGUCCGGUGACCUGUAUAUUCUUUCAAAAGUAUGGUAGCAGCAAUAAUGUGGUAUAUCUUUCUUUCUUUCUUGCCUGUAUUCUACGCCAUUGCAAGAGUA